CUUCACAGUCACAUGUCUCACGUCAUCAGUGUCAAACGUCAAAGAUAAUCAAAAUUUAAAGCGAAAGUCGAUAAUCAAGAUAAAUAAUAAACAAUUACAAAAUGUUUACAUAAUAUUUAUAGCGAUCUGUACAAUGCCAGAGUAGUUGUGGUUUGCAGAUUGAUUUGACUAUGGCUACUGAUGCCAGGAACCAAGAGCAGCUGGAUCGAAAUGUUGUCAGAAUUGACAAUGGGAAUGUGGCCCACGGUUUGAUUUCUGGUAUACCCGAGUCCAUUCCUGAGGAGUUGACCGGUUCCUCGUACACUAUCUCGAGCACCCAGAGCCAGUUCAGCUAUGCCGUGGACAAUUGGAUCCGAGGCAACAACACCACCGCGCCAACAAACAACACCAACAUCCCCUUUGUUGCUGGCACCAUUCAGAGCUCCAGGCCUGUGGAAACUCCACGUCCGCCGCUGCCUCCUGGCCCUUCCAACGAUGACUCCCCAGGGCUGUGGUACACCCUGGCAAUGAUACUGCCCCUGCUUACUAUGAACAAUACCGGAGCUUGGGGAUGUUCUGCUAGGCUCACUGGGAAACAUUUGCCUACUGUGGAGUCUGAGCUCCAACGCAUGAAGGCUGAGGAAGUAUCCGGGGAUGGAAUGGAAGUUGAUUUGCUUUAUCCGGGAAGAAUCCAUCGCCGUUGUUUGAAAAGCACCAUUUUCAAUGCGGCCCAGUUCUUCGCAAGACUAUUAGUCCAGAUUUGUCAGACCAUCCGCGAAAAUCUCCAGAAUCUGGCCCAAGACCGUAUGGCGCGUGAUGUCUUCGCGGCGGCCAUGGACGUGGUCCUCAUCAUAUACGCCGUCGGCUUCCUCGUACUAUCCAUGUACCAAGCCUCAAUCUUCAAUUGAGUGGAGUUAUUAUUUAUUAUAUUUAUGAUUAAAAUCAUGUGACGUGCAGAAUUUGGUGAAUAAACUGGUCCAUUUAAA